AUGGCUGAUUCAAGAGGGCUCCUGCUUCGGGCAGAAUCUGCCAUCUUCAACUUUCAGAGUCUACUGACUGUAGUCUUGCUGCUCAUAUGUACCUGUGCCUAUGUGAGAUCCUUGGCUCCCAGCUUACUGGACAAAAAUAAAACUGGACUGUUGGGAAUAUUCUGGAAAUGCGCCAGGAUCGGUGAACGGAAGAGUCCCUAUGUGGCUGUGUGUUGUGUCGUGAUGGCCUUCAGCAUUCUGUUUGUACAGUAG